GCCGAAUUGUCGUCAUGAUUGUUCGACAAAAAUAAACGUGACUCGAGUUUGGUGCUUAUAUUCAAACAAUCGAAUUCAUCGGAGCAAUGAAGAUCGAAUGUACAGACCUUACCGGACCGAGAACAGACGAGCUUUAUCGAACCGUCAAUAUACCUUUGCGAUUCAUGUAUCCAAAGCUGCUGAGGGGCUACAGGCAGUCGACGAUGGACCCCUCGAGCGGCGAUCCACAUCCAUGCUAUCGCAGCACGUCGAUGGAUUACGGUUGGUUCGCGCCGACCGUGCACACCGUGCCGACCGCCUAUUUCCCGCGAAACUACGCGUUCAGCGUCGAGGUGGCCAGGGGCGGCAUGUGGCGCAAUUGCUCGCUCAAUACUGAACUGGAUAAAAACUGA